AGUUCGUAUUCGGAUAUUCUCCAGGAAUUAUCAGAAGAAUAUUGUUUUAAUGAUUUUACUUAACUGAUUGUGAGAUUAUUUCGGAAAGUUUUCUAAAUUAAAAAAAAAAAAUAUGGCAAAAUUAAUAAUUUUAGUUGCUUUCUUUGCAUUUGGGGUGUCUCAAGUUUAUUCCCUGUAUUGUUUUACGUGUAACUCCACCUUAAGUGCUACCUGUGCUAAUCCUGAGGAUCAGUGGGAAGAUCUUGAUACCAUCGAUUGCGGAAGUGAAGGACUGUGCAGUAAAAUAACGUUGAGAUUCCAAGUUGGGGGUUUCAUUUACACAACAACGGAAAGAGGAUGCGUUCCUGCUGGCACGGAGUGUAGUCGUUAUCAUACUGCUGAGGGAGUUAAAUUAAUUAAUUGUGCAAUUUGCGACACAGAGUACUGCAAUAGGUCUGGAAAACUCACUGGAGGAAUCUUUGCUGUUCUUCCGCUGAUUAUUUCUUUCCUCAUCAUUAAGAUAAUGACUUAAAAACAUCCUUUGGCCAAAUGAUUCUGUUGAUAUUAUGUGAUAAAAUUUAUUCAAGCUUUUUUUUUUUAAUAUUAAAGAUUAAUUGUUUCUUC